UUUCAGUUGAGACAGCUCUUAAACAACAGUGCUCGGUCCUUACCAAACAGUUUAAAAGAAAGCCACAUUCUCAAAUUAACAACAGUGAUCUCAUCUGACCUAAGCAGCUCAGACCUCUAGUGAGAGCUUCAUUAUCCUGCCGAAGCUUGAUCCAAGCCCAGAGAACACAAAGAAGUUCAAUGGGUGUUUAUCUGAACCUCAGCAAUUCUGCUUGUGUUAACACGUGGGUGACUAUCAACAAACGCACAAGAACUUCUGUGUAGCAAAGUGGUGCUCUCUGCUGGAGAUGUGAUAGUGGCAAACUGUCUCUAACAGAUUCUAAAGCAGCUUGUGAGCUCGCAUCCUUCUUCGUGGGGGUUCCUGUGGGAUUCCACAGAACCAAGAAUUUAUAUGGCCACGUAACUGAGAAGACAGGACGGAAUCAACCUAACCUUAACCUUCCGACUUCCACUCAAGCUUUAACUACAAUAAUGUGAACUGACUCCUGCCACCUUCUUCAGAGUUGCUGGAUUUGACUUUAGAGAAAAUUAUCUUGACGUUUUCUAAUAGGAUAUGUAUUUAAAUAUGAACAGUGACUUACUGUUUCACUGCCAGGUUUCCAACCAGCAGGGCAAACUGGAGGAAGAAGAAAAAAAAAGACAGAGUUUGUAAAAGUAUUUUUACACACACUUCCUUUUUUUGAAUUUCCUUCACGUUCUCUUCCUGAACUUGAAGCAGAACACCACUGAAGCGUCAGAAAUAAGUAUCUACAAAUAACUGAUACGCAGUCUUCUUUAUACACGGGAUGGUGUCAGUAGCAGUUCAUAACUGAUACCACGUAGCACUUCUGUUAACUGAAAACUGCCCCUCUCUGGGUGUAUGCCUGUAGCUUGGUUUAAUCCUCGUGCUGUUUUAGGCAAAGCAGAGCAUCUGAAAACGAAUGCCCGUUCUGUUUGAAUACAGAAGUUUCACGAUAAAGUUCAGGUGACUACAGACAUAUCUGCCUUUCUUUACAGUGGAGCAAGGAGAUGACAGCAUGUAGUUAACGUGCAAUGCGACUAAAAGCUCUGUCCAUCUGAACAGUUGCACAUUCCAGAUUCUCCGCUGCAGAUUCCAUCCUGUUGUGGUGCUUCAGCCACUGUCAUUAUGCCUUAUCACACUGCUUUGAGGUGCUCUGUCAGAUCAAAUACAACCGAUGCAAUUCAGGAAUUGCGAAGAACUUUUUCUCCUGUUCUGUGCAAAGGACCCAGUGGGACCACCAUGAAGGCUUUGUAACUAAGAAAGGGAGGCUCAACUGCCUCACUCAGAUAUGCAUAUCCUACGUACCUGCAUUUAGCUUUAAGAGUUCUGUAUACCAAAUGUAUAUUUGGUUAUGUAUACCAAAACAUAAUGAUGAUUUGCACCUUGUACCUAUGAUAAAGGUACUUUUAAAUACUAAAAGAAAACCACACCUGAGUUGAAAUGGAGGUUCAAGUGCUGAACACAUACAUUAAUAGUUAAAUAAACAUGUUUAAACGGAUACAAUAACUUGAAUAUUAAAAAAACCAAACAUGACAAGUUCAUCCUAUGCGUGAACUGCAGUGAGGAAAUAUAGCCACACUUGAGACAAAGUUCUAACAAGCCAAUGAAACAUUAUUUGUCAGUGGAAAAUUAUCACUUAGUGCUUAUAAAGAAUACAGCAAUGGCAUUAUAACCUUCACAGCACAACCGUGUUUCUUGACAGUUACUUGUCACACACAAAUGACACAGGACAAGGACUACUUGCAUCUUGACUCUUUCAGGAUGUCAAAACGUGCUGAAAUAUUUGCCCUGAUUCUUCAGGACACAGUAUUUUAUACUGCUUUAUCCUUCUGACAGAUUCAAAAUGCCUCUAUUCAGACCAGGGAGUGCUUCAGAAUCAGAAUCGUUUUGAGUUGGAAGGGACCCUUAAAGCUCACCUAAUCUGACACCCCUGCAAUGAACAGGGACACCUAUAGCUACAUGAGGUGCUCAGAGCCCUGUCCAGCCAGAGAUGACUGUAGCAGAAUCACCAAACCACUUCAUUCACUUGAUAAGGCUAAUCUCUAACGCUACUGAGUACUUUUCUUCCAAAGAAAUCUACAAAUACACCUUCCAGUCUAAGUAAAACAACCUUCAACAUGAAAAUAUUUAAAAGAGCACCUUCUCCAUGCUUGUCCGUGUAUUGGAAUGCUUGUACCAAACGAAGCGUUUCAUCCACUGAUCUCCCCACAGGAAGGUCAUUCAUGGUGAUCUGUCGAAGGAUUCUCUUAUCGUCAAUUAUGAAAAGGCCCCUGUAACAAACAAGUUCUUUUUUUUUUUUAAUUGAAACAAAACCAAUUACCUCAUUGUGUUCACGCACUAUUUUACGUCCACUGGAUGGGGAGAAAUUUCAUCUCUGCAAGCACUCUACAGUACCCACCUUCUUAGGAUACUACUAACCCACUGGGCUACCUGGGCUAUGGGAUGAGAUGAGGGCAAGUUAAAAACAACAGGGAAAAUACACUUCUAUGCAGAACAUACAAGUAAGCGAUGGCAAGCCCAACCAGGGGAUGAUGCAGAUGCUAUGGUGUCAGGUGGAUCCCGGAGGUUUACAAAAGACCUGUCCCUUGAGGCUGUUAAUUACCAGUAUUCCUGACUCCAACUGAACUUGGGAAGUCCCUGAGUAACAACAAUUCAGGGGAAUCCUCACCAUGUGCUUGCCUUGCCCUCGCAUCUGCUGGCUGUAAUGCAGGGUUAUCAACCAUGCUCUGUUCUGACUCAUUACGGCUUGUUUUUGUGCGUUCUUAUUUUGUCUCUGGGUAUGAAUUCUCAAGCAAAAACUGCUCUUGCUUUGCAACAGUACCACAUUUUGGUUCUGUGUAGUUUGCCAAACAGAGUAUGCCAACAUCUCUGGGGGGUUACUAUGACCCCACUCAGACUGCUUAGUACUCGUGUGUUUUCAAGCCGUAAAGGAAGCCUUCAUGUACAAGUUCCUUAGCAUAUCUUACUUUCUUUAAGGAUAAGUAAGUAGCAUGUGUUGUUAGAACAUUUAAACUGUUUACAUGAGAAGAUCUUUUGUAUGUACAUGCUGCAGGCUUGCUAACAUGCCAUAAAGAAGAGCUCAGAGUGCUAGCAGUGUUAGAUGAGAUGUGCUACUUUGUACAGAAAGAUAUGAGCCACCUCAAUAUUAAUGUAUACGGCUCGAGUGUCUUUAGAUAUGAAGUAGCAAGCACUAGUUCAUCAAGACAAAAUGAACAGUAACCAAGUGGAAUACCUAAGUGCAUGUCCUUGAUCUUCCAGAUAUACACCAUAGUCCUUGGAAAUCUGGUGUGUUAAAUCUGAAAGAAGCGGAAUCUUCAUUGGUCCGAGUCCUCCUUGUUUUCGAGGAGUAUUAAUCCUUUGAAAGAAAUGAGACACAAAUGUAUUAUUCAUAACGAUUUAUUUCUCUACACAAAAGUAGAAGCCCCAAACCAGAACAGUUACAGGCAGAAGAAUUUAGUGCAAGUGAUGUUCCUUUUGUUCUGUACACCAGGAAAGUGAAUGCUAUCUCUGGUACCAGUGAUGUGUACAGUAGCCCUUCUGCAGUGUCUGGCCAUGUCAACUAACAGUGACCUCCUUCUUGUCAGCCAUAUUUGCUUUAUACUGCUACACCCAACUGGGAGAGCGUACCUCAUUUUUACACAUUUUGGGAUCUGUAUCUCAUUUUUAGCAUUUGCAGAAUUUUGGACUGGGACAGGAUAUAUUUCAAGCAAUGCACAUUAAGCAAGCUUCAAAGUCAAGGAUAUUUUCACACAAGAGAGUUAACACAUUUUAUCACUGAAACAUAAUUCCAACAUUUGUAUCGAUAACGUCACGCUGUUACACAUUAUGAUAGACCCACACAAUCUGUAAAGGCUCCUCAGCUCAGAUGGACCCAUGAAUAAGUCUCAGCAGAAGACAAGGAUAAGAUACGUACCACGCUAAGUGAGUGAACUUGGAGUCCACGGAACAUGCUACUACUUCGGUGUUUAUUGCUCUGAAUUCCUCAAUUCUGUCACUGAAGGCGAUUAUCUCAGUGGGACAUACAAACGUGCUAGAUAAUUUUAAACAAAAUAAAGUCAUAUGAAUGAACAGCCUCGCCAAAGCACUUACAUUUUUACGUAAAAUAAUGGAAAAGUAGUGGAUUUAUCAGAAGUUAUUUCAGCUUUCACAUAUUUUUUUCCUGCUUCUUCAAGUGUUUACUAAAAUGCUGCCUGCAAGUUUCGCAGUCUGAUCCCAGCUUGGUUCCAAAUGCUUUAUUACUGAAGGUUAUAAACCUACAGUUAGUUUGCAGUCUAGAUACAAAUGUUUUCACAGACUUUCUGAAGUGGUUGCACUUCAGCACAAUAUGCCAAGUUUUUCCACAAGACCAUACUGGCGAUUUCUUGUUCAGUGGAAAACACCAUCCCUCAGUGACCUACAUAUGCUCUGGAAAAUACAGAUGGGAUGCUGCUCUCUGUUUGCAGCAGUGAUGUACCGCAUAAUAUGGAAUGCUGAGGUUGCCCUACUGGGUACAAGAGACUGAAGAUUAGUCUUUGAAAUUGAAACACAAAUCAGCAGACACACCUAGUACAACAAGCACCGUGUUUUAAUUUCACCACUGUGUGAUGAUAAUACGAAGGCAAAGAAAGUAUUUUCUCCUAUUGCUCUCUUUUUCUACCCCAAAGCUUUCCCAAAUAACACUAAACAAAAAUAAAAGAGGACCAUGGAGGAAUUAGGUGUUCUGUGUAUGAGAACUCAGUGUCGCUUUGUCUACUCACAUCAUACUUACAAGUCAAGGGGAUAGAAGAAGAAGACAAGAUAUUUUCCUUCAUAAUCUGUUAAUUUCAGCUCUUUAAACUCUCCAUUAAUGACCGCUGUUCCUUCCCAGUAAGGCGCCGGCUUCGAGACUGAAAUAUGAAGGACAUCCAAACUCAAGUCAGAGCAUGAAGCACGUGUUCAAAGCAAGCUGCUCCUUAGAUCAUCUACAAGGACAACUGCUGUCCUUUUGCUUGAAAAACAGCCUACUGCACACAGUCACAAAACCAACCCUCCUUACUUCUUUGCAGAGGUAACAGAACGGUGAAGGAAUGUGUAUUUUAGCAUGCAUGGAAAGCAGCUAAUCAGAGAAUCACAGAACUGUAGGGCUUCGCAAGGGACUUCAAGAGGUCACCGAGUCCAACCUCCCCUCACGCAACCCAUUUGUGCUUAUACAUGAGCUUCUCAAAUCACUGGUAAUCAAGGCCGCGCAAGCAUUAUCUCCUCACAGUUAACAAACCACACGGCUACUGUCGGCUCAUAAGAGAACAGCUGUUAGGCUGAAGGAGAAGCUGCUUUAGAUUUCAGGAAAUCACACUAUUUGUUCUGAAUAACUGUUACGAGAAAGAAGUGUAAGAUGGUUCAAAUUCAUCCCGGAGGCAUGAAAAACCACUUGCAAUUCAAGGUCACGUGAAAAUAGAGCCUGUUCAGAAGCAAACGCCUAGAAAUGGGGUAUAUAUUAGCCAAAUCACAGCUCCUAAUGGACUGGCUGCCCAUUCUCACUGCAUUUGCUGAGUAACGUUUAAAAUGGAAGCUGCGUCCCGCCUUGCUGCAGGGGACCGACCUAACAGCGUGAGCUCUCAUGGCAAAGAUCAGCUCCAACGGAUGUCUCUGCGCUUUCUGCUCCACUAAGGCAGGAUCUCCCAGCCCACCGCCGCUCCGAGAGGUGCAGCCGAGGAAUGACGGGCACAGAGGCACUGAGGCAGGCGGCCAACCAAACCCCUCACCGACUGCGGGCACUCCAAUCACCGCCCGCUUCGCUGCGGCAGAGGUGACGUGGAGCGACACGGGCAAAGCGAGGGGGCGAGGCGGCCUUUCGGGCCCUGUCAGUUCUGCUUUGGCUGUCACCUUGCAGUGGUUCAUCUGCCCUUUUGGGGCCCUGACCUCGGCUCUGCCUCCUCGGGCCUGCAGUCAAGCCAACGACAUGAAGCCCAUCAAGGCAUGCAGAGAAGAGGAUGUGACCUUUCCACGAGACAGGUUUCCCAGAAGUGAUGAUUCCACACGAGUGAGGACAAAUGAUGUCCUCAGGCAUGACAGGAUGUGCAGUUGGACCACAGAACUCAGCCUACGGUGGAGGUGACGUGAGUCACUCAAAUGGCAGCUACUGCUUGCAGCUUUGUGAGUGUUAUUGAU